AUGGGAAAAAAGCUUCGAUUGUCGAAUAAAAUAAGGAAAAGAAAAGGAAAAGAUUUCGAUGAAAUUGCCAGUGAUUUGAGAGAAGGAAAGCGGACUAAGUUCUCGCAACUCGACGCCGAUCUUCCAGGUGACGGCCAAUUUUAUUGCAUCGAAUGUUCGAGAUAUUUCAUCGAUGAAGCGACAAUUAUAAAGCAUAAAAAUAGUAAAAUUCAUCGCCGUCGAGUCAAAGCACUUAUGGAAGAACCUUAUUCUCAGAGAGAAGCAGAACGGGCUGCUGGUUUGGGAGUAUAA